CCCCCACCCUCCCCCUCUCCUCCACCAGCCGCUGGAUCGUCGACGCCACCGGCACGCGCAUCAAACUGCGCUGCGUGAACUGGGCCGGACACAUGGAGACCAACCUGCCCGAAGGCUUACAACACCAGUCCGUCGACUUCCUCGCCGACUGGAUCGCCGCGCAGGGGUUCAACUGCGUGCGGCUGACCUACAGCACCGACCACGCGCUGGACCCGGACCGCACCGUGUCCGCGUCGUUUGAGGGCGCGGCGGCCGCGGCGGGGAUUGCGCGCGAGGAGAUGGUGGCGUUGUAUGAGCGUGUGCGGGCGCGGAAUGCGUGGAUUGGGGAGAAUACGACGACGCGCGAUGUGUUUGCCGCCGUGGUGGAUGGGCUGUAUGCGCGCGGGGUGGUGACGAUUCUGGAUAACCAUGUCUCGCGCGCGUCGUGGUGCUGUAAUCUGUGGGAUGGGAAUGGGUGGUGGGACGAGGGGUUUGGGUAUAAUGAGUGGAACAGCCGGUUCUUCAACACGCAGGAGUGGCUGCGCGGGCUGGAGGGGAUGGCGGGGUGGGCGGCGCGGGGCCACCCGGGGGUGGUGGCGCUGUCGCUGCGCAACGAGCUGCGGGCGUUCCUGCUGCAGGACCUGAACGGGCGGGCGGACUGGUACAAGUACGUCAAGGAGGCCGGGGACCGGGUGCACGCGGCGCACCCGGACGCGCUGGUGGUCGUGGGCGGGGUGCAGAGCACGACGGACCUGCUGCACCUGCGGAGCGGCGACGCCGGCGCCAUGCUGGACACGAGCGGGUGGGCGGGCAAGCACGUGUGGGAGAUGCACGCCUACAGCUUCACCAUCACCUUCCCGGACGCCUUCAACAACUGCGACAUCGUCAAGGCCCAGUACGGCGCCUUUGUCGGCUUCGUGCUCGAGCAGGACAAGCCCUACACGGGCCCGCUGAUCCUGAGCGAGUUCGGGGUCGGCAUGGAGGGCGGCGAGUUUGACGGCCUGAGCGAGAAGGACGACCGGUACCUGAACUGCUUGGUGUCGUAUAUGCAGAACAACGACGCCGACUGGGCCGUGUGGGCCAUCCAGGGGAGUUAUUACGUGCGCGACGGGAAGACCGAUUUUGAUGAGACAUGGGGCUUGAUGAACCGCAACUGGACUGACUGGAGGAAUCCGGGUUUUUCUGCCAGGUUGGGCGAUAUGUGGAAGAUGACGCAGCAGCCGUGAGUGUGUACCCGACGGUGUUGCUUGCUCCUUGCUGUCUUGAUUUUCUUUCUUCUUUCUUGUAAAUAGCUGCGGCCUUAGAUAUGUACCCCGGAUUCCUAGUUAGGUAGCUGGGACGUGCCUUAAGAGGCAGGAAAU